GCGUUCGAACGCUCAGUCGCGGCUCGUAGCCGGUGCGGGCGGCUGCGUCUGGAAAAGGAAGCGGCGCUGCUGCGCUGCUGGUUUGGAUAAGCAGGAUUUUGGUGGGGAAAGCAGAGGCGCGCGUGGCUUUUCCUGGAUGCGCCCGGCUUGGAGGGCGUAACAAGUGUCGCUUCCUCCGCGAUUCCCCCCUUUUUUCAUAUUUUUGCUGCUUUCCCCUUACCUUGCACCUUAAUAUUUUUAUUUUGUUUCCGUUUUUCUCCAUUCCGAGGCUGCAUUGCAAGCGAGGAUUUAUUUGCUGCGCGGCUGCCGCUGCACCGCCGUUCGUGCGCGCGUGUUUUUCCUGUUUUCCUCUGUCUCCUUCCCGCUUUUCCUCCCUCUCCUCUUUUUGUUUUCUUCUGCCUGCGUGUUAGGCGAGCCCGGGUCCCCCCACCUUCCCUCGGGCAGGCGGGCGGGCCAUGGAGGAGAAGUACCUGCCGGAGCUGAUGGCGGAGAAGGACUCCCUGGAUCCGUCCUUCACCCACGCGCUGAGACUGGUUAACCAAGAAAUUGAAAAAUUCCAAAAAGGGGAAGAAGGCAAGGAAGAAGAAAAGUACAUUGAUGUAGUGAUUAACAAAAAUAUGAAAUUGGGACAGAAAGUAUUAAUUCCAGUAAAACAGUUCCCCAAGUUCAACUUUGUGGGGAAACUUUUGGGCCCACGUGGCAAUUCUCUGAAGCGCUUGCAAGAAGAGACAUUGACAAAAAUGUCAAUAUUGGGAAAAGGAUCCAUGAGGGACAAGGCAAAGGAAGAAGAGUUGAGAAAAAGCGGAGAAGCAAAAUACUUCCACCUAAACGAUGACCUGCAUGUGUUAAUUGAAGUGUUUGCCCCACCCGCAGAAGCAUAUGCCAGAAUGGGGCAUGCGCUGGAAGAAAUCAAGAAGUUCCUCAUUCCCGACUACAAUGAUGAAAUCAGACAGGCACAAUUACAGGAAUUAACUUAUUUGAAUGGUGGCUCAGAAAAUGCAGACGUUCCAGUAGUUCGCGGAAAGCCUCCUUUGCGGGCACGGGGAGUGCCAGCUCCAGCAUUGGCAAGAACCCGCGGAGGUGUGCCACCCCCACCUGCAGGCAUCCCAAGAGGGGCACCCGCACCCAGAGGAAUACCCCCUGGUAGAGGUCCCAUCACUCGUGGCCGGGGUCUUCUAACUCCCAGAGCAAGAGGGGUUCCACCAUCUGCAGGCUACCGACCCCUUCCUCCUCCUCCAGCACAAGACACCUAUGGAGAAUACGACUAUGAUGAUGGAUAUGGCACUUCAUACGAUGAACAGAGCUACGAUUCCUAUGAUAACAGCUAUAGUACUUCAGCACAAAGUGGUGGCGAUUACUAUGAUUACGCCCAUGGCCUGAGCGACGACACAUACGAUUCUUACAGACAGGAAGAAUGGACCAGUUCAAGACACAAGGCACCUUCAUCAAGGACAACAAGAGGAGGCUACAGAGAGCAGCCAUAUGCCAGAUACUGAUUACACUGUCUGAUGUUGUGAAAUACCCAAUCUCCACCAGUCCUGUAUACUGUUCAAAGUAAUUUUUUUCUAUGAACAAUCCCUUUUUAUUAAAAUCAAAGUGCUUAAUCUGAAUGGACGGACUGAGCUUAAUCUAUUUUUUGCUGAAUGAAAAGCCUGGACAGGAAGACACGUUGAAACGCGGAACUUUGUUAUUUCCAGAUUGUAUUCAGGCGGGUGGGUUGGGGUGGGGGGAGAACCGAUAGGUGAUCAAAACAAACAAAAAAGAGAGAGAGAGAGAAAAUAUAACCUUUGAUUAACUAGUGUUAAAAACAGCUAGGUUUAUUAAAUAUGUUAAUCCAUGAUUUUAACCUAAGCGUAACCUUUUAUUUUAAAGGUUUUCGACAAUUUAGUUCUUCUAGUUUUUAUCUUUCAACCAUUUUGCUAGUCUUUCUCUUUGCAAACCUACGUAAAAAGGGAGGCAGAUCACAGAUGCAAAUAAUGUGGUAUUUUGUAACUUGAGUCUUGAAAUGUUCUGUAGUGUUAAGCAAAGAUUACUCUUGCUUGAUACUAAAUAAACUUUUGAAAGAAAAAUCA